CUCCAGGUCCUCUGCAGGAGCGUGGAUCCUGCUUUGGGAACGGCGCACUAUGGCAGCCCUGCUGAGACCCGCGCGUUGGCUGCUCGGGGCCGGGGCGGCCUCGCGCCUCCCGCUGUCUCUGCGUCUCCUUGCGGGCGGCUCGGGCCGCCUGUCCGCCGCCACCCGGGGGGCGGCCGCUGGUGGCCGGCCGGCUGCAGGAAUGCUCCUGAGCCAAGCCAGGUUAUAUACCAUUGUUGCUGAAAAAAAAUUUCAGGAGGAGCCUGCUCCUAUGAGAAGGAGUAGCGAUCAGUUUGAAUGGGCUCUAAUGAGGCUGGAUAAUUCUGUCCGAAGAACGGGCCGCAUUACAAAGGGACUUCUGCAGAGAGUCUUUGAGAGCACAUGUCACUCAGGUAGCCCAGGUAGUAAUCAAGCCCUGCUUCUGCUGCGUAGCUGUGGUUCCCUCUUGCCUGAACUGAGUCCUGCAGAAAGGACAGAAUUUGCUCAUAAGAUAUGGGACAAGCUUCAGGAAUUAGGUACUGUGUAUGAUGUCAGUCAUUACAAUGCUUUACUUAAAGUGUAUCUUCAAAAUGAAUACAAAUUCUCACCUACUGAUUUCCUGGCGAAGAUGGAAGGAGCAAACAUUCAACCGAAUCGAGUGACAUACCAGAGGCUGAUUGCUGCCUAUUGUAAUGUUGGAGAUAUUGAAGGUGCCAGCAAGAUUCUUGGAUUUAUGAAAAUGAAGGACCUUCCGGUCACAGAGGCGGUGUUCAGUGCGCUCAUUACAGGGCAUGCCAGAGCUGGUGAUAUGGAGAAUGCAGAAAAUAUUCUCACAGUGAUGAAAGAAGCUGGCAUUGAGCCUGGGCCAGACACAUACCUGGCCUUGUUGAAAGCAUACGCUGAGAAGGGAGACAUUGACCAUGUUAAGCAGAUUCUGGAGAAAGUGGAGAAGUCAGAGCAUUAUCUCAUGGACCGUGAUUUGUUACAAAUUAUUGUUAGCUUUAGUAAGGCUGGCUAUCCUCAGCAUGUCUCAGAAAUUUUGGAAAAAAUUACCUAUCAAAGGAGAUACAUUCCAGAUGCGAUGAACCUCAUUCUGCUUUUAGUCACCGAGAAGUUAGAGGAUACUGCGUUCCAGGUUUUAUUAGCAUUACCUGUGCUCAAGGAACAGCACACAAAUCCUUUUGGCAGUUUUUUUUUGCGGCACUGCGUGACUGUGAAUACGCCUGCUGAGAAGCUGGUAGACUUCUGUAAGAGGCUGAUGGAAGCCAAGGUGCACAGUUCCGCGCUGCAGUUUACUCUCUAUUGUGCUGUGCAAGCCAAUAAACCUGCUUUGGCAAAAGCACUGAUGCAGGCCUUGAAGGAUGAAGGGUUUCCUAUCCGAAUUCACUAUUUCUGGCCAUUGCUUGUUGGACAUCAGAAAACAAAAAAUGUUCAAGGAAUAAUGGAAAUCCUCAAAAUAAUGAACGAAGUGGGAGUACAUCCUGACCAGGAAACAUAUGUGAAUUACGUGUUUCCAUGCUUUGAUAGUGUAAAGUCAGUUCAAGCUGCUUUGCAGGAAAAUGAUUGUCUACCUAAAAGUAAUACAUUUCUUCAAGCUGAAUUGAGAAGUGAAGCAGUAAAUGGGAACUUGCAGAACAUUUUGUCGCUUUUGGAAUCGAAUACAUUGCCUUUCUCAAUUAAUUCUUUUAGAGGCAGCCUAAUUCUAGGCUUUAGGAGGUCUAUGAAUAUAGAUCUUUGGAGCAAGAUAACAGAAUUGUUGUACAAGGAUGGACGUUAUUGCAAAGAGUCUCCAGGACCAACGGAAGCUGUUGGCUAUUUUCUUUAUAACUUGAUUGACAGCAUGAGUGACUCAGAGGUACAGGCCAAGGAGGAGCAUUUGAGACAAUACUUCCAUCAGCUGCGGGAGAUGAAUGUUAAAGUUCCUGAAAAUAUCUACAAAGGCAUUCGUAAUUUGCUGGAUAGCUACCAUGUUCCUGAAUUGAUUAAGGAUGUUAAGGUUCUGGUUGACAAAGAGAAUGUGGAUUCUCGAAAAACUUCCCAGCUUACUUCAUCUGAUUUGGAAUCAACUCUUGAAAAACUAAAAGCUGAAAAUCAACCUAUAGGAGAUGUCCUAAAGCAGCUUAUCUUAGUGCUUUGUUCAGAAGAGAAUAUGCAAAAGGCCCUUGAAGUGAAAGCCAACCAUGAGUCAGACAUGGCUGUCGGUGGCUACGCAGCGUUGAUAAAUCUGUGCUGUCGACAUGAUAAUGCAGAAGAUGCAUUGAACUUGAAGCAGGAGUUUGACCGCUUAUAUCCUUCUGCUGUUCUUGACACUGCCAAGUAUGUAGGCCUUGUAAAAGUAUUGGGAAAGCAUGGCAAGCUUCAAGAUGCUAUUAACAUCCUAAAGGAGAUGAAAGAGAAAGAUGUUGUUAUCAGAGAUAAAACAGUCUUGUCCUUUUUCCACAUCCUAAAUGGUGCAGCUUUAAGAGGUGAAAUUGAAACAGUAAAACAGUUGCAUGAAGCCAUCGUAAUUCUUGGGUUAGCAAACCCAUCCACCAACAUCAGCUUUCCUUUGGUCACUGUGCAUCUGGAAAAGGAUGAUUUACCUGCUGCUCUUGAAGCCAGCAUUGCCUGCCAGGAAAAAUAUAAAGUAUUACCCAGGAUUCAUGAUGUCUUAUGUAAGCUAAUAGAGAAAGGCAGAACUGAUUUAAUCCAGAAAGCAAUGGAUUUUGUGAGCCAAGAACAAGGUGAGAUGACAAUGCUGUAUGACCUCUUCUUUGCCUUCCUACAGACAGGAAAUUACAAAGAGGCCAAGAAGAUCAUUGAGACCCCAGGCAUUAGAGCUCGGCCUGCAAGACUUCAGUGGUUUUGUGAUAGGUGCCUUGCCAGUAAUCAGGUUGAAACUCUUGAAAAGUUAGUGGAGCUGACCCAGAAGCUGUUUGAGUGUGAUAGAGACCAGAUGUACUACAACUUACUAAAGCUACACAAAUUGAACGGUGACUGGCAAAAAGCUGAUGCUGUCUGGAAUAAAAUGCAAGAAGAAAACAUUAUCCCUCGUGAAAGGACAUUGCAACUGUUAGCGGAGAUCCUAAAAACCAGCAACCAGGAAGUUCCCUUCGAAGUACCUGAGUUUUGGUUUGAAGAUGACACAGCUGCCCUGAAUUCUUCAUCACCCCCAGAAGACAGCCUUACUGAGAAGAUGAUGUUGAAUGACUGCAGAUUGAGAAGACACAGAGAUGCUUAUGACAUCUUCCUCAAAGCUCAAAAGCAAAAUGUUGUGUUUAGCAGUGAGGCUUACAGCACUUUGAUUAACUUGCUGCUGAGGAAGGACAACUUCACACAGGCCACGAAAGUGAAAGACUUCGCUGAGACCCACAUCAAGGGCUUCACACUGAACGAUGCUGCCAACAGCCUCCUCAUCAUAACGCAAGUUAGGCGGGAUUAUUUGAAAGAGGCUCUAGCAACUCUAAAAGAAACGCUGGAUCUGGAACAGAUUCCUUCUAAGCUGGCUGUGACCCGCCUCAUCCAGGCCUUUGGCUUGAAGGGUGACCUGGAAAGCAUAGAGGCCGUUCAAAAGAUGGUAAAUGGACUUGAUGCAAUUGGACUCUCAAGAAUGGUUUUCAUCAAUAACAUUGCUUUGGCACAGAUGAAGAAUAAUAAUAUAGAUGCCGCCAUAGAAUAUAUUGAAAACAUGCUUACUUCAGAGAAUCAAACCAUAGAACAGCAGUACUUCGGCUUGUCAUAUUUAUUCAGAAAAGUAAUAGAAGAACAGAUGGAACCAGCAUUAGAAAAAUUAAGCAUCAUGUCUGAGAGAUUGGCCAAUCAGUUUGCACUUUACAAGCCCGUCACUGAUCUCUUCCUGCAGUUUGUGGAUUCAGGCAAGGUGGAUGAGGCCAGAGCUCUCUUAGAGAGAUGCGGUGCCAUUGCCGAGCAAAGCCCGAUUCUGUUCGUGUUCUGUCUCAGGAAUGCUCAGAAGCCGAAAAAGGCACCAGUUCUGAAGACCUUGUUAGAAUUGAUUCCUGAAUUAUGUGAAAAGGAAGAAGCAUAUACUUGCUGCAUGAAAAGCUAUGUCUUAGACAAAGAUGUGGCCUCUGCUAAAGCGUUGUAUGAGCAUUUGACAGCAAAGAACGUGAAGCUGGAUGACCUCUUUCUGAAGCGCUAUGCGUCUUUGCUCAAGGACGCUGGCGAGCCCAUCCCCUUCACUGAGCCCCCCGAAAGCUUUGAAUUUUAUGUAAAGCAGCUAAAGGAAGCAAGGGAGAACCCUUCAUGAAACUUUGUGGGUAUAUGUGUUUGUGAGCCUGUGUCUAAAUGCUAUUUCUAAAAUGUACUUGAAGGAAAAAUAAAAGAAAAUUAAAUGGUU